AGGCGCUGAGGGGAGAGACGCCGCCGCCAGCACCGCCGUGGGGACCCGUUAGAGCGGAAGCGCAGCCGCCGCCGCCGCCUUCUCUGUCCCGGGGCCCCAGGUUCCCGGCAGGUGGGAGGCGGGAGCCAUGUCGAAGCGGCUCCGGAGCAGCGAGGUGUGCGCUGACUGCAGCGGGCCGGAUCCUUCCUGGGCAUCAAUAAAUAGGGGAACUUUUAUAUGUGACGAGUGCUGCAGUGUCCAUCGGAGUCUAGGGCGCCAUAUCUCUCAAGUAAGGCAUCUUAAACACACACCAUGGCCUCCAACAUUGCUUCAGAUGGUCGAAACCCUGUGUAAUAAUGGUGCUAAUUCUAUAUGGGAGCAUUCUUUGCUGGACCCUGCCUCUAUUGUGAGUGGAAGACGCAAAGCUAAUCCACAGGAUAAAGUACAUCCUAAUAAAGCAGAAUUCAUCAGAGCAAAGUAUCAGAUGUUAGCAUUUGUUCACCGCUUGCCCUGCCGGGAUGACGAUAGUGUGACUGCCAAAGAUCUUAGUAAGCAACUCCAUUCAAGCGUGAGAACAGGGAAUCUUGAAACCUGUUUGAGGCUGUUAUCUUUAGGAGCACAAGCCAACUUUUUUCACCCUGAAAAAGGAAACACCCCACUCCAUGUUGCCUCCAAAGCAGGGCAGAUGUUACAGGCGGAAUUAUUGGCAGUAUAUGGAGCAGACCCAGGCACACAAGAUUCUAGUGGGAAAACUCCUGUCGAUUAUGCAAGGCAAGGAGGGCACCAUGAGCUGGCAGAACGCCUCAUAGAAAUACAGUAUGAGCUGACUGACAGACUAGCCUUCUAUCUCUGUGGCAGGAAACCAGAUCACAAAAAUGGACAGCACUUUAUAAUACCUCAAAUGGCAGACAGCAGCCUGGAUUUGUCUGAAUUGGCAAAAGCUGCUAAGAAGAAACUUCAGUCUCUAAGUAAUCAUUUGUUUGAAGAACUUGCCAUGGAUGUGUACGAUGAAGUUGACAGGCGAGAGACUGAUGCAGUCUGGCUUGCCACGCAAAACCACAGCACCCUGGUGACCGAGACAACCGUCGUCCCCUUCCUUCCAGUCAAUCCUGAGUACUCAUCAACACGGAACCAGGGCAGGCAGAAACUAGCUCGGUUUAACGCCCAUGAGUUUGCCACUCUGGUUAUCGACAUUCUCAGUGAUGCCAAGAGGAGACAGCAAGGCAGUCCUCUCUCUAGUUCAAAAGACAAUGUGGAGCUCAUACUGAAAACAAUCAGUAACCAGCACAGUGUGGAGAGUCAGGACAAUGACCAGCCGGACUAUGACAGCGUGGCGUCAGAUGAAGACACGGAUCUGGAAGCCACUGCAAGCAAGGCGCACAGGCAGAAGAGCCUAGAUUCAGAUUUAUCAGAUGGACCAGUCACUGUGCAGGACUUUAUGGAGGUCAAAAACGCUCUAGUGGCUUCUGAGGCCAAGAUACAACAGCUAAUGAAGGUGAAUAACAACUUGAGUGACGAGCUGAGAAUUAUGCAGAAAAAGCUUCAAACACUCCAGAGUGAAAAUUCGAACCUCAGGAAACAGGCCACAACCAAUAUAUAUCAGGUGCAAACUGGUUCUGAGUACACAGACACUUCCAACCACUCUUCCUUAAAGCGACGUCCGUCUGCCCGGGGCAGUAGGCCCAUGUCCAUGUACGAGACGGGAUCAGGUCAGAAACCCUAUCUCCCAAUGGGAGAAGUGAACCACCCCGAAGAGAGCAGGACAAGACUCCAGCCUUUCCCCGCUCACAUCGGGAGGAGUGCGCUUGUGACCUCCUCUUCGUCUCUGCCUUCCUUCCCCUCCACACUUUCCUGGUCGAGGGACGAGAGCACCCGAAGGGCAUCCAGGCUGGAAAAGCAGAACAGCACACCUGAAAGUGACUAUGACAACACUCCCAACGACAGGGACCCGGAUGACAUGGGGUCAAGCAGGAAGGGAAGGCAGAGGAGUACAGUGUGGCAGGGUGACAGCUCAGGCCCAGAUACGGCAGAGCCCCACACGGCCCCCAGCCCCGUCCUUCCCAGCACCGAAGACGUCAUCCGGAAGACUGAGCAGAUCACCAAAAACAUACAGGAGCUCCUAAGAGCAGCCCAAGAAAAUAAACAUGACAGUUAUAUUCCCUGCUCAGAGAGGAUACACGUAGCUGUUACAGAAAUGGCAGCAUUAUUCCCCAAAAAACCCAAGUCUGACAUGGUGAGGACUUCCCUCCGCUUACUGACAUCCAGUGCCUACCGACUGCAGUCGGAGUGCAAGAAGACCCUCUCGGGAGACCCGGGCCCGCCCACGGACAUCCAGCUGGUCACGCAGCAGGUCAUCCAGUGUGCGUAUGACAUCGCCAAGGCCGCCAAACAGCUGGUCACCAUCACCACCAAAGAGAACAACAACUAAACGGCAGGGCUGGCCCUUCUGUUUUCAAGGCUUUUCCAAGUCUGGUUUCCAAUUUAAACAUGGAACUCUUCCGAUUUUUACAGAAACAAACGUUUAAUGAAAGGUUAAAACUUUUUAAGAGAAAACUCAGUAUUAUUUUUGCAUGUUUUCUAACAAAUUUUCAACUAUUAAUUUAACCCACUUGCCUUAUUUUGUGCCUGUCUGCCAGUUUACCUUCUGACGUUCAGUUGUGCUGUCCGUGACCGACGAGUUAGUGAUCGUAGACAUCCACAAGCAGAGCUUCAUUGUUUAAAGUUUGUUAGAACUUUUCAUCCCUUCAGACUCCUUGCCUAUGGCUAAAGCUGUAAGUGAGAGUUUUAGUGAAACAUUCUCUGGAGAGAGUUGGGUUUAAAAAAAAAAAAAAAAAUCAACGUUGUCUGUUCCCUAUCAAGCAUUGUGCAAUAAUAAGCCAAUUUCCCAACCUCUACUGCAGAAUCUCAAAGUUUGGGGUAUCUCCAAGCAGGCAUGUAGAGAAAGGACUUUGCCACUUUCUGAAAAUAGUGUAACUGUCUCUCUUAGAAGGAAACAAUGAAGUGUUCCAUUUCUUUUAACUGUUCUGUCACAUUAGCUGUUCUCUCAUCUAAUUUUCCUAUCCUAUCUUCUGUCUGUUUCUAUUUUACUAUCAUCCUGAAGUCUCCACGGUGUCCAGUAAGCACGCGUGCCCCCUGCCGUGUGUCCUUUGGCCGUGUUAUCAUGCACAGUCUGAGGGGCCUCUGUCCCACUAGCCAUAACUCAUUGCGUCCCUCCCCAUUCAGACAGCACUGCCGUAAACUGUGACAAGAGAAACGACCUACUCCUCUUACUCCUUUAGCCACGAAAAGCCUUCUCACACGACCUGCUUUGCAUGCCUCGCCACCUAUAAGGUCUUCCUACAAGGUGAGAUGUGUGCAAUCAUCUGAGUUCACUUUCUGCUCCAUCACCUCGCUGGUGCUUCAGAAUCAGACGUCACCUUUCAAGAAUUCCCUGCAGUGCUCUAGCAGACUACCGCUAUCCCGAAGCUACGAAAGCAUGCAGGUGUAAGUUCUGGAACGUACCAAGAUUGCCUUUUAAGUUACUAAGAAGAGCUUUGUUGUUCUGAAAGCUAAAGUAUAUUCCUUCCUGCUCGUUGCCUCGGUUUUGUGUGGGUGUGGCUCAGACCCUGACCUAGACCUGAGGGCCAGGUGGUGGUGACAUCGGUGAAGGAAGCAAGCCAGGAGCAGGGGGCAGGGGACAGGGGGAGCCUGUGGCACAUCAGGGGGGACAGCACUUCCCCAGCUCCACUUGGGCUCCCUUGUGGAAAAGUGGGCCUGGGGUUGCUAGAGCUUUGAUUCGUCAGGAGACACCAGAUACUUUUGUGCCAUCUCUGCAUUUAUAAAUGUCCAUGACUCAUCUGCAUGUUCACAGCACACGUGUGGGUGAGCUGCGGCCUCUAGGCUGCCAGCUCACAGCUCUGCUGUGUAGUGUGAGGGCCUGGCUUCCCUGGUCUCCCCUGGUUUAGCCUCUGAGCCUUGCCUUUAGUGUGGCCACCGUACCCUGUUUUAAGUUGCUGUUGGUCUUUGUUUCACCCGUAUGUUCUGUCCUGUAGCAUUUGUUCACACACCUGAGAAAGUCAAAAUAAGCAAAGUUGCCUAAAAACUUGCACAAUAAGCCUGUAUUUUCACAGAACUGUUUGAUUCACGAACACCUUUGUAGCGUAACCGAAUGCUGUUGGAGAGGAGCACCGCGAUGGUGUUUGGUUUACUAAGUCACUGUGUGGGUGCUUUCGCCAGCUUUUGCUGCACUGAGUAGCGUGGGGAAAGGGUCCACAUCUCUAGGACUUGUCUGCACAAACCUAAGUGCCAUGUUCUUGUUGGAUGCUGAGGGGACGCCUUCUCAAAGGAUGUCUUCUACCUUAAAUUCAAGCUCCGUCUGAGAACCUUUUCUGCAUGCUGCAUGUACCAGGCUGCCCCUCCUCUUCUUUGCAAACACCUGCCCUCCCGCCAGGCCUACACAGGCUCCUCAGGAAAGGCCCAGUGGCAGUCCCAAGUCCAUGCCCUCGGCCUCCCGGGGAGGAUGGGCUUCUGGAUCAUGAAUGGCCUGCAGUGGGUGAAGCGGUGUCUUCACUCGAACACUCAGGACCUGCAGUGGAGGACAUCGUUUCGUGCCCCUGGACAAAGUCAAGGAACUUGGGGACCAACAAAGCAUUUCCAGUUGUGAGAACACCGCAGGAGGUCGCUCUGUUAACCCACAGUGCCAAAACUCAGGAAGGAAGUUCCCAGGUGGAGUGAUGUGUGGCAGCAGGAGGGCCGCAGGUCGUCCUUCUCAUCAAGUGCCCUGUGCGUUUCCUUGGUCCUCAGAGGCCAGGGUCAGAGGUCCCCGGGGCCUGUUGGCAAAUCGCACCUUGUCUGAACAGUCGUUCACCACCUUUUUUGCACAUGGGUUCCACAGCCUUGCACUAGUGUCUGAGUUCUGUAAUGUCAUUCUUUUACUCUAGAUUCUCAAAUCCCUGCCCCCUCAAAUGCCCUGCGGAGCUGAGAGGACGGAGGUAGGAAACCAGCACUUGCGGGAGGGAGAUGGCUCCCACCUUGAGCUCCUUCAACUGACAUCACCCUCUGCCUCAGAAUGCAAAUAGUUCUUAUUUGCCAAAGCACAGUGAAUCAGGCCCAAAGACCAAAUACAGCAUUUCAUCAAUUGGAACUGUAAAUGCACAACGCAGGAGCUGUCCUCUGAUUCCUCCAACGAUUUAAGCUGCAGAACCAGAGUGAGACCAGCGUGGGUCUGUCCUCCGCAGCCGCCCUGAGCUCCCCAAGCAGAGAGUUUCCCUUCUUUCCUUGUCCCAGUGAAGGUCACCUUGAUUUUACAAAAGAAAAUGCUGCAUAGGAAAAAUAAAAUGCCUUUUAUUCCAAUGUGUUUUAUCCAUGUCACCCGUUAUUCCGUACUUGUUUUUCCUGUUUGUUGUACAUUCUAUUCCUGUAAUUAUUGUUCAACCCUUUAAGCGUUGUAAAAUCGUUUUGGAAUUUGUGCCUGCUAGUUAUGCAAUAAACAGGCUCUAUAAG